CAUAAAGACAGGAUGGAUCUGGAUAACACUAACUCCAAGUGUGGAGCUUGCGAUGAUCCUCUCUCUGAUGGAGUUCGCUGUACAAGUUGCAAUCAAGAUCUGCACUUCCACUGUGCGGGUGUAACGGAGACUGGAUAUCGGAGGCUCGGAGAUAGAAAACUGGCGUGGCGUUGCAGCAAGUGUAAAAUUUCCGGAGCUGUAUCACCUAAGCCAAAUUCUGAUUCUGUUAUCCUAAGGGAAAUAAAAGCAUUAGCUGAUAAACUAUCCCCACUUGAAUCCCUUAAAGAAGAAUUGUCCCUGCUCCGCACAGAGUUCGCAGACCUGAAAACAUCGCUGAGCGAGACAAACAAAGAUCUUAAGGCCUUCAACGAUAAGAUCAAGGAAUUCGAAGUGCGCCUACAACAGGUUGAGAAGGUUCAGGUGCAGGUGGACGUCCUUCGAUCCCGCCUGGAUACACUUGAGGAGGAAAAUAACACUAAAGAACAAUGGUCCCGUAUGAACAACGUCGAAAUAAAAGGUGUACCACAAAACAGUCACGAGAACUUAUUUGACGUCAUCAGCAAAAUUGGAAAGAAAAUCGAUUAUCCAGUAUCUAAGGCGCAAGUGAACUUCAUUAACAGGGUACCAACACGUGAAAAAGACCACACGAAGCCUAUCAUAGUGAGUUUCUGCAACCGCUAUGUCAAGGAAGACUUUAUUGCCGCUGCCAGACUGGUACUCAAGACUGGUCCCCUUACUUCAGGGCAGAUUGACCUUCCUGGAAAUCAAAGGAUUUACAUCAAUGACCACCUGACGCUGCGGAACAAGGCUUUGCUGGCAAAAAUCAAAAAAGUGGCUGCGGAAAGGGAUUUUCAAUACGUCUGGGUCAAACAUUCAAAAAUCCACGCUCGAAAAACCGAUACUUCUCCGACAAUAGUGUUGAAAUCCGAAAAAGACUUAACAAAAAUAAAAUAAUCUCAUAUCAUAAUGAACAUAAAGACAUAAACAAACUAAAUAAGAUUGAGAACCAUACGCUUGUGUGUGCACCCAGUGUAUUCCAUCAAUCGCUGUGUCGCUCAUUAGUGCGGUGUGAAUCAUUUUCUAGUCGUCACGACUGCACUGGCGGCUGCUGCUGUGCCAACUUAGUCUUUAGGAACGUAGUGUUAGAGUGUCAUUUAAAUUGCCAUAUUCAUUCACUUGCGACUAUUAUGGAUCGUUUUACUUCUUUUGUUUCCUACAUUAGCUCAUUAGUUGACAAAGUUUUGAAGUUUGGUGUUUUUUAUCACUGUGCAUUGCUGUGUGCGGAAUUAUGUCUCUGGCCGUUUUCUGCCCCUACCUACAUUUUAAUUUUAUAUUUAAAUUUUUCGUUAAUCUAUAAAAUUAAUUAUUGGUUUGGUAUGUUAUGUUACAAAUAUCUUAUUAAGGUUGUCAAUUCUGUUAUUAUGAUGCUUAAAAAUGAUUAAUUUUUAUUAUCAGAACGUUCGGGGUCUGCGCACGAAAACAUGUAGCUUAUAUCGUAACGUUUGUACGAACUCAUUUGACGUUAUUAUAUUCACAGAAACAUGGUUAGUGGACGGAAUUAGUGAUAGUGAGUUAUUCGAUAGUAGAUAUUUAGUGUGGAGAAGGGACCGGGAUUAUUGUCGCACGUUGCAAACACGGGGUGGUGGAGUGUUGAUCGCAGUGGGGAACGACUUGACCGUAGUUGAAAGACACGAUUGGCGAACUUCUGCUGAAGAUCUUUGGAUAUCGAUUGUUCUUAAAAAGUCCAGACCAGCGGUAAGUUAUAACAUUAAUAUCUGUUGUCUUUAUUUAUGCAAAGAAAAUUUAGGUAAUUCGUACUUUACUCAAUUACAGCACUUUCAUCAGAAACUCAACUAUGUAAUAUCCUCGAAUCCAUUAGAUACAUUUCUCAUAGCUGGCGAUUUCAAUUUUGGUGGCGAUGUUGAAUGGAAUAAUACUAUUGAUACCAUCGGUUUGCAUC